AUGCUAGGCCCGCGCUUGAUCCGCCCGGCGACAGCCUCGCUGGUGCGGCCCUUCAGCUCCUCUGCUGUGGUCUACCGUUCCCCUUCCAUCAGAGACGUCACCGCCGACUCCACCGCUGAGUUCAGUCGGCGGCAGAAGGAAUUUCGCGAGAACCUCGAGGAGGCUCGCAAGAGAAAGGAACUGCAAGAGAGUCAGUCUGUCGAUGCUUCCGCCUCUACCCCUUCUUCGUCUGCCAUUUCCUCUUCCCGUGAGUCCGCUCCCACUGCUCCGCAUGUGAGCAAUGCGAGCCUCGAUGAUCGAGUUCGCCCUGCCUUUGAUGCAGCUGAAGCUCUUGACCACAAGGCAUUAGGCUCACUGGCCCUGCACCGCUCUAUAGGAGAAGAACAAAGCACUGAUGGCACGUCCAAACGUGGCCCACUGUCCUCCCUCAUCUACGGUACCAAGGAGGGUCAACACUUUGAUAAGGACAUCGAGCGAUCUUUUUCACAAGUCCUGGCUAGGGGCAAGUACGUUCACUCCAUCGUUUUCCAUGAUGUCAAGCCCGACAAGGUGGAUGAGUAUGUGGAUCUGGUGGGCCAGUGGUACCCCCGCAUGGCCGGCACCGAGGAAAACCGGGUCAACCUGGUGGGCAGCUGGCGCACGCAGGUUGGCGAUAACGACACCUUUGUCCACAUCUGGGAGUACCAGCGCUACGAGGGUUACCAUGCCUCCCUUCAUAACAUUUCGCAACACCCCGAAUUCCCCGCAUUCGACCGGAAGCUGAAGAGUCUGAUUAAGAGCAAGAAGACGUCAUUGAUGCAGGAGUUCUCGUUCUGGCCUACAACUCCACCCCGUCGGUUGGGUGGCUUGUUUGAGCUUCGGUCCUACACCCUGCACCCGGGCAACCUUUUGGAAUGGGAGACACACUGGCGACGCGGUCUGUCGGCACGUCGGGAAGUUAUGGAAGGGGUGGGUGCGUGGUUCGUGCAGAUCGGAGAUUUGAACACCGUCCAUCACCUGUGGCAGUUUGCCAACCUGGAGGAACGCAAAAUCCGGCGUGAGCAGUCAUGGGGAGUCGAAGGAUGGGCUGAGACGGUUCACAAGACGGUGCCCCUCAUUCAGUCCAUGCAAAGUCGAAUCUUGGUUCCGAUGCCCUGGAGCCCCGUGGGUUAA